AUGCCCUCGAUCGCCCCCAUGCCCUCUGCCGCUGCGGACCCCCAGGACUCGUCUGGCGUCAUCAAGUUCACAAACUGCUUGCUAGUAAAAGGCAAUGCGCUCGUCAGCGAAGACCUCUGGGUGAGCUCGACCAGCGGCAAGAUUCUCAAUGGACAGGAGCUUCUCUACGAACACCUAACCGCACCACAAGAGAUUGUCGACCUGGGCGGCCGCAUCUUGUCACCGGGCCUCAUCGACACACAACUCAACGGCGCAUAUGGCUUCGACUUCUCCGUCAUCCCCGACGAGGGCUCCAUGGCAUAUGGCAAAGGCGUGUUUCACGUCAACCGGAAACUGAUAUCCACGGGCGUCACAUCAUACCUACCGACACUGACUUCACAACCUCCCGAGAUCUACCAAACAGCUCUGCCCUUCCUAGGUCCCUCGGGCGCCGCCCGCGACGCAUCUCUGGGCUCAGAGUCCCUCGGCGCGCACUGCGAAGGCCCAUUCCUCAAUCCAACCAAGAACGGCAUCCACAAUGCCUCGAUACUGCAGGAACCGCAAAACGGCAUUUCCGACGUGGAAGCAUGCUACGGCGCAUCCAACACAUCCUCAAUCAAACUCGUCACGCUCGCCCCCGAACUCCCCGGCGCCCUCGAUUCCAUCCCAGAACUCACGGAGCGCGGCGUGCUCGUCUCCAUCGGCCACUCGGAAGCAACGUACGAAGAAGCGAAAGCCGGGAUCCGCGCGGGCGCCAGCAUGAUCACGCACCUGUUCAACGCCAUGCAGCCGCUGCACCACCGCAACCCGGGUAUCUUCGGCCUGCUGGGCACGCCCUCGUCGUCGAUCCGAAAGCCCUUCUUCGGCAUCAUCGCGGACGGCAUCCACUUGCACCCGACGUCCAUCAAGAUUGCGUGGAACGCCCAUCCAGACGGCCUGAUCCUCGUCACCGACGCCAUGAGGCUGGCCGGUAUGCCCGACGGCACGUACGACUGGACCAACGGCUCGCGCAUCAUCAAGCAAGGCGCCUUGCUGACGCUCGAGGAGAACGGAAAGAUUGCCGGUAGCAGCAUCCAGCUGAUAGAUUGCGUGACCAACUUUCUCAACUGGACGGGGGCGAGCGUGCCCGAGGCCCUCAAGGCAGUUACGGAGACGCCUGCCAAGAUGCUGGGCUUGCAGCAUGUCAAGGGCGUGCUGGAAGAAGGCGCGGAUGCGGAUCUGGUGGUGCUGGAUCUCCAGCCCGGUGCUGGGGAGGCAGAGAUGAAGCUGGUUGUGGAUGAAGUGUGGAAGUUUGGCGUCAAAGUGUUUGAUAGCGCACGCCAGGGUUGA